AUGCUUGAAGCACGGUCAUAUCAAGAAGGGAGUUUGUGGUUCUAUGCUCCAAAUCAAGGGGCUCCAAUUGCAUUUGCCACGCUUUUCGCUGUCUCUGGUGGCAUUCAUUUUUAUCAGAAUUUGAGAUACAAGUCAUGGAAGGUGACGGGCCUUUUGCCAUGGUCGUCUUUACUCUUUACUGGAGGUUUCGUCACCCGGGCAGUGGCUGCCUUUGGGCAGUGGGGCAACGUUUCCCUUUAUAUCGCUAGCUCUGUGCUUCUUCUGACUGGCCCACCCGUCUACGAAGGUGCCAACUAUUUCAUUCUUGGACGAAUGCUGUACUAUAUCCCUUACCACUCGCCGAUCCACCCCGGUCGCGUCUUCACAACCUUCAUUGCUCUUGGAAUCGUCAUCGAAGUCAUCACUGCCAAUGGAGCUGCUCAUGUUGCGAGCGCUGGAUCCUCGGAAAGCGAACAAAAUAUCGGAAAGGGCCUCCUCAAAGCAGCACUCAUCCUGCAACUCGCUCUGAUGACAGGCUUCGUUGCUCUUGCUGGUCGGUUCCACUACAAUUGCAAGCGCGGGGGUGUUCUCAGCCGCAAUAUCAAACGAUGCCUGGUUGUUCUCUAUAUCAGUUCCACGCUAAUCACUAUUCGAACCAUCUACCGGACGGUGGAAUAUUUUUCUGCAGCUAGUUUGAACACUCAAGAUGGUCCGCAGAAUGUGAGCCCUAUCCUCCAGCACGAAUGGUUCUUCUGGUUUUUUGAAACAGUGUUUAUGUACAGCAACACUACCCUCUUGAAUGUUUUCCAUCCAAUGAGGUCGUUACCUUAUUCAAACAAAGUGUAUCUCGCGACAGACGGGGUGACCGAGAUCGAAGGGCCAGGCUAUGAAGAUCCUCGAAACAAGUUUGUGACCUUUGUUGAUCCUUUUGAUAUUUACGGAUUGGUUGUCAAACGCGGCAAGAAGCAAAAUUUCUGGGAAACUGCUCACGCUCAACAUGAGCAGCCAAGGGCCGCCGCUACCCACAAAGUUUAG